AUGGUGGAAGGAUUACAUGGUGUGCUCAGAUCGGCUAAACCACGCCCCUUUUCGCAGCAAACUGCUUCAGGUUCCGCACGUCUGCCAACAAUAUUUAACGUCGAAGAGUUACUGAACCUGAAUUUAGUCGCAUCUUUGUCACACGUACUAUCAGAUACACUUACAAUUGACGAUCUUACAAGAGAAUGUCAGCGAUUAAUCAAUCUCAAGCAUGACACAUCAGUGAUUCAAAACCAAAAAUCGACAGAGUCCAAUGCCGUAGCGAUUGUCAAAACUGAUAAACAACGUAAACCGCAGGUGACAAACUCAAAUAAAUCAAGGAAUCUGCAAGGUAAGAAACAAAUCAAAAAUUCUUUACCUAACAAAGAUUCAACACCUUCAACACCGUGUUGGUUUUGCGGACAAUUGCAUUAUUCUAAGUUUUGUACUUUCAAAAAUCAUAAAUGUCAAAAAUGUAAUACUGUCGGUCACAAAGACGGAUAUUGCGCUUCAACUCAGAGAGUCAAAACGAAAACAAAUAACGAAACGGCAAAUCAAAACGUCAAGACGAUUAAGGUCAAUCAAGUAAAUUCAAAUCUUACUCGCAAAUUUGUGAAUAUUUCGAUAAAUAAUCAACCAAUUAAACUUCAACUUGAUACGGGAUCAGAUAUUACCAUUAUAUCAGAAAAGAUUUGGUCUUUGUUGGGAAAGCCUACAGGUUGUUCAACGUCUCAUGUUGCACGUGACGCGUCGGGAAAUCAGAUCAAUUUCAAUCAAGAAAUUUAUUGUGAAGUAACCUUGAACGGAGUUAUCAAACAACUACGAUGUUUCGUAACAGCAAAUUCGGAUCUCAACAUCAUGGGUCUCGAUUGGAUCGCAGCUUUCGAUUUAUGGCAAUGCAGUCUCAAUAGCUUCUGUUCCAAGAUCCAUUCUCAAGCAGAUUCGACGCACUUUGAUAUAUCCUUCAUUAAAGAAAAUUUUAAAGAGGUUUUUUCCUCUCAAUUAGGUCGUUGCACAAAGACUAAAGUCAAACUGAAUUUAAAAAAUAAUUCAAAACCUAUUUUCAGACCUAAGAGACCGGUUGCUUACGCAAUUUUACCUUUAGUCGACGCAGAGCUUACAAGACUGGAACAAAAUGGAAUCAUUUCACCAAUCAAGUAUUCAGACUGGGCAACUCCAAUAGUUGUAGUAAGAAAAAAAAAUGGAAAGAUUAGGAUCUGUCCGGAUUUCUCAACUGGACUUAACGAAUCAUUGGAACCUAAUCGUUAUCCACUUCCAUUACCAGAUGAAAUAUUUUCGCAACUGUCAAACUGUAAGUAUUUCAGCCAGCUAGAUUUGUCAGACGCAUUUCUUCAAAUUGAAAUAGAGGAGCAAUCAAGGCAUCUUCUAACAAUCAAUACUCACAGAGGUUUAUACGUUUAUAAUCGUUUACCUUUCGGAGUCACCAUAGCUCCAGGUGAAUUUCAAUCAAUCAUGGAUUCAAUGAUAUCUGGACUAGAAAACGUUUUUGCUUAUAUUGAUGAUAUUGUUGUGGGUGGAGCUACAGUUCAAGAGCAUAAUCAAAACUUAACUUAUUUAUUAGAGCGAAUAAAGGAUUAUGGUCUACAUCUGCAAAUAGAGAAAUGUUGUUUCUUUACUACACAGAUCAAUUAUCUGGGUUAUGUCAUCGAUGGACAAGGAUUACAUCCAGAUCCUACAAAAGUCGAAGCAAUUAAAAACAUGCCUGAACCACAUAAUUUAACUACAUUACGUUCGUUUUUAGGAGUAAUCAAUUAUUAUGCACGUUUCAUUUCAAAUAUGCACAUUCUUAGACGUCCUUUGGAUAAUCUUUUAAAAAAGGAUUCUAAAUGGAACUGGUCUCCAAAAUGUCAAGAAUCUUUUAAUCAAUUUAAGAGAAUUCUUUCUUCAAAGCUCUUAUUAACUCACUACAAUCCUCAGAAUGAGAUUAUUGUAGCAGCAGAUGCUUCAAAUGAAGGAUUAGGAGCAUGCAUUCUUCAUAGAUUUCCAGAUCAUUCGAUCAAGGUAAUCAGUCACGCCUCAAGGAGUCUCACAGAAGCAGAACGUAAAUACAGUCAAAUUGAAAAAGAGGCAUUAGCAAUCAUUUUCGCAGUCACGAAAUUUCAUAGAAUGAUUUUCGGAAGACAAUUCAUCCUUCAAACGGAUCACAAACCAUUACUUCAAAUAUUUGGUAACAAAAAAGGAAUUCCGUCGCAUACAGCCAACCGUCUUCAACGAUGGGCACUUCAAUUAUUAUCUUACGAUUUUAAAAUCGAAUACAUCAAGACGACAGAAUUUGGACAUGCGGAUGUUUUAUCAAGACUAAUCAGUCAUCAACAACGUCCUGAAGAGGAUUUUGUAAUCGCUUCUGUCAAAAUGGAAACAGAUUUAUUCUCAGUCCUCAAUGAAUCACUUCAGUCCUUUCCAAUCACAUUUCAACAAAUCAAGGAAGCAACUAAAGAGGAUGACAUCAUACAAAAAGUUAUCAACUUUACUUCGAAUUCAUGGCCUCAGAAUGUAGAUGAUUCGGAUUUACAACCAUUUUUCCGCCGUCGAAACUCACUAACCGUCAUUCAGGAAUGUCUUCUUUUCAACGACAGAGUUGUAAUUCCUCAACAAUUCCAUCAACAAAUUCUCAAACAAUUGCAUAAGGGUCAUCCUGGAAUGGAGCGAAUGAAAAUCAUAGCACGUUCGUACGUAUAUUGGCCAAGGAUAGAUCAGCAAAUAGAAGAAUUUGUCAGAAAUUGCAGAAAUUGCGCACUCGCUGCGAAAUCACCUAUCAAGGUACCAUUAUCAAGCUGGUCUCUUCCUGAAAAACCAUGGCAAAGAGUUCACAUAGAUUUCGCAGGACCGUUAAAUGGAGAAUAUUAUUUUGUUUUGGUCGAUGCCUUUUCAAAAUGGCCUGAAAUAGUUCCAACGCAAACAAUCACAGCUCAGCGAACUAUUGAUAUUCUCCAAGAAAUUUUUGCAAGAUUUGGUGUCCCUGAAAGUUUAGUUUCAGAUAAUGGAACUCAGUUCACUUCAGAAAAGUUUCAAAACUUUUGUCUUUUACAGGGAAUCAAUCAUCUGCAUACUCCACCGUUUCAUCCAAGUUCUAAUGGAUAA